AUAGUUUUGGAGGCUGGUGGCAACCCUCUUUUCAACAUUAUCGAAGAUCAAGAUAAAGCUUUCUAUUACGAGUUUAAUUUUCUUAAAUUAGAAGGAUGGAACAAAAAUAGAAAUUGAAAUGUUGACAGGAAAUUUGGUAGCUGGUAUGGAUAUAUUUGCUGCAUUAUUGUAGUAUUUUUGACAUUCUUCUACACGAGGUAGUUAUUUCUAAGAUGCUGGACCAAAUUAUGUCAGAGAUGCAAGAGCGGCUGCAGCGGACGGAGGAUAAUAUUAAUGCUCAGAUUCAGAGGUCUGUUGUAGCAGCUCUUACAGAGUUUGGAUCCUGCCCACAGGCAAAUGCCCCUAUUGUCUCUCCUACAGAGCCUCAUCAUGACCCUCUUGAUAUGCAAGGAGGAACUAAUGCUGCCACUGGAUCCUCUGGUGGUCCCACCACCCAGUCCUUCUCAAACAAUGAAGAGGUUUAACUUUACCUUGAUCCCAUUUUAUGUAGUUUCUUAUGGGACAUGUCACAUGAAUGAUGGGCAUUUUAUGUUUAUGUUGGGCAGCUUAUCGUAGCUAUGGUUCAGAGUAGUGCACAGGAAAAGCUUAGCACAAAAAUAACAGUAAUUAGAUAAG